AUCGUUGGAAGCACUGUUGCCGGAUUGUUAUUGCUGAUCCUGCUCAUACUCUUCUGCAUCUACCGCCUGCGCAAGAAAGACGAGGGCUCGUACUCUCUUGAGGAGCCGCAAAAAGGUCCCGCCACCUCUAAUGCUUAUAUGCGCGCUCCUAGUCGCGAAUUUUACGCCUAG